AUGGAAACACAUCCACUUAAUAAAGCUCAUCAGCAGCACAGACGUGCAGAAGCUCAUUUGAAAAACAAUCGAUAUGAUGAAGCAAUGCAGUGCCACCAUAAUGCAGCUGAAUUAUUGUUAGACGCAAUGAAAUCUACGUCAUCUUCUGUGGCUUUGGAAUCCAUAACCCUACAGCACAGUUACCAUCUCAAACAGAAGGACUUAAUACAGAACAAAAAAGAGCAAUAUGUACGCGUCAAAAAAACAAUGGACAAUAUGAAAAACCUGGCCAAAGAACAACAUAUCAAUAUUCCUAUUGGUGAAUCCUCAAAGUUACAGGUAGAAAUUUACAGGAAGUUAAAUGACUCAGAGUCUCUAAUAAAUGCUCUUUCGUCCAAUCAAGAGAUAAAUGAUACAAAUGAUAUAGCCAAUUUAAGAGGGAGGAAAACUGACAAAGUUGUAAUAGAAGAAUUGCAAACAAUAAAUCACAGUUUGCGUUCAUUGGUUGAGCAAUUAGUACUGCAAGUUGAGGUGUUGAAAGAUGAAAAUUCAACUUUAAAAGAGAGAGUUCAUUUUUUAGAAAAGGAAAGAGUUCGGUAUCUUAACAUAUCACAAGAAGAUGGUGUUUUGAUAGGCAAUGUUCAAGAUUUUCCCAGUAGCUAA